AUGUCAUGGUCCAAAGUGAGCGAACAACGAUAUGAGCGCCCUCUUGGUGAAAAUGAAACGUUCAUCAAGAUCCUUGGUGACGCCGCUCGUCCGUUCAAUCGUGACCACUGGGCUAUGAACAUCAUUGUCUCCAUGACCCCGCUAGGCUCACUCGCCAAGGAAAAUCAAGCCUCCCUCUUCCGCGAUGCAUGGAGGACCUUGCGUUUUAAACACCCCACGAUCGCCGCCUAUAUCGUAGACGAGACCCAAUAUGUCUAUGAUGUCCCCGAUACUGCAGCACUUGAGAAAUGGGCGACGGAGACCUUUCAGGUGAUUGAAGAUAAGACGAUCGAUGAAGUUAUCGCAUCUGCCACACGUGUUCCAUAUGCUACUAUGACCUUCUUCCCUAAGACGGGUGAGCUAUUGGGUCACUCGCAACAUUGGAGAACGGAUGGUGUGGGCGGCUUGAUUCUGAUGGACGACUUGCUCGAUCUUGCCGUGCAGGGUGCUUUAGAUGCUUCCUCCUUGCCUUGGGCGCCAUCUGUUGAAGAAGCGGCGUCCAAUUUUAUCACGUCGGAGGAGCAAGACAAGAAACUAGGCCAAGAGCUUGUUGCAAGUUUUGGCCAUGCCGCUGGGGCAAUCGGAAUCGCCUCUCCCGCACCAGUCGAGACUCUCCCAGGUAGUGCGUGCAUCAGGCGUCUGCAUCUCACAGAAGCAGAGACAAAUGCCGUAGUGCAGGGUUGCAAAGAUCGAAAGCUCUCUGUAAUAGCAGCAGUGCAUGCGUCAAUUGCUGGCGCCAACUAUGCGUUAGCUACUUCUGGUGAUCAGAAGAAACACUAUACAAGUACGAUACGCUACAGCUUACGCCCAUAUCUACCAGAGCCAUACUCUGGUCGCCAGUGUGCCAGCACAAUUUUCACGACUGGUUGGAUGUUCCCAGUUUCAUCCGAGUCGUCAUGGUUAGACCGAGCCAAGGCAUACCAUGAAGAGUACCGUAAAGGUAUAAGCGAUUCAUACAUUUCGGCGCAUCUCGAAUAUGCCACUGGGCUUUGCAAGCUUCUUCGUAGUUUGCCGGAGGAUAUGCCUUCGCCGACCGACGUGGAUAUCAGUAGCCUCGGUUUGUGUGAGAUGCUAACCGCGAGAGAAAAGGGAACUGCAGAACGGGGAAUUCGCAUCGAUCGAAUCUCAGGCGGGUUGGAUAUGAUGAAUAGACAGGUCGUGUGUCAUGUGUGGACUUUUCGAGACCAGCUUUGUCUGAACUUGGCAUUCAACGAUGCAUUUUAUAGCAACGCAGAGGGUGAUGCGUUUUUGCAGAUCGUCAAAGAUUCCCUGUUGCAUGGACUGGUGUAA